AUGGCGUCAAAAUUCGUUCCUCAGCUGGUGCGCCAGGCAUCACGAAGCCUGUCCAAAGCUCCUCGCAGCAGACAGCAGAUCAGACAGACGUUCCGACCCAGACAAUUCUCCAGCACGCCGUUGUCGCGGAGCGAGGCGCUCUCAGUGCACCGCAAUACUCCCGACAACAAUCCGUCGAUUCCCUUCAAGUUCAACGAGACCAACUUGCGGCUCAUCGAUGAGAUCCUCAAACGAUACCCACCACAAUACAAAAAAGCCGCGGUGAUGCCGCUGCUGGACCUGGGCCAGCGCCAGCACGGUUGGACGACCAUCAGCGUGAUGAACGAGGUGGCGAGGAUCCUGGAGAUGCCGCCGAUGCGGGUGUACGAGGUAGCCACGUUUUACACCAUGUACAACCGCCAGCCAGUGGGCAAGUACUUUGUUCAAGUAUGCACGACGACGCCGUGCAUGUUGGGCGGCUGCGGCAGCGACAAGAUCAUGAAGGCCUGCGAGGAGUUUUUGGGGAUCCACUCUGGCCACAUGACCGAGGACAAGCUGUUCAGCUUACUUGAGGUCGAAUGCCUGGGAGCUUGUGCCAAUGCGCCCAUGGUGCAGAUCAACGACGACUAUUACGAGGAUUUGACCCCGGAGACGAUUACACAGAUAUUGCAAGCGCUGAAGGAUUCGUCGACCAUCAGCGGAUAUGAUUUGAGCAAGGUGCCGCGCCCGGGCCCGCAACCAUACGAGGGCGAGCAGAGAAUGAGCUGCGAGCCGAGGGGGGGUCUGACCACGUUGACGGGCGAACCAUAUCAUAUCAAAGAUUUCAUGAGAACUGAUGGAGAGUUGUGA